AUGCUCACCCGUGGAUUAGCACUACAAAUCUCAAAAUACUCUAUGCUGGGAUGGAGCGAUGGCGGAACUACGAGCAUGAUCCACGCAGCAAAGUAUCAGGUCGCAGUGCAAAAAUUGGUUCUUUGGGGCACAAAUUCCUUCAUGCUGCCCCAUGAAAUAGAGUUAUAUAAAAAUGUAAAAGAUGUAAACAAAUGGUCAAAUAAAAUGAGGACCCCAAUGGAACGGAUAUAUGGCGAUUAUUUCCCUCAAUAUUGGUCGGCCCUGCUCGACGGCUUAAUAGCUAAGUUCAAAUCAAAAAACGGGAACAUUUGCUCAGAAAUGCUUAAGGAUAUCAGGUGUCCAACCCUGAUUAUGCACGAGGAGAAGGACCCUAUGGUGGCUCCAGUUCAUGCUACUUAUUUCCACAAACAUAUUCAAGGAUCCAGAUUACAACUCUAUCCGGAAGGCAAGCAUAAUAUUCACUUAAAAUAUGCUGAAGAUUUCAACAAAAAGAGUGCAAGAGUUUUUAUUAAAUUAGCAGGGAGAAACGAAGAAAUGUAACAAAAUUCCCAUAUUUUAUUUUCAUUUACUCCUUAUAAGCAUGUCUUAUUUCAAAAUAAAACAAUUUACAUUCAAUAACACAA